AACAAUAAACGUCUUUGGUGUCUCUGCUAAAUAUAACCUUAAAAGUUAAAAAUUUAUCAAAUUAAAGAAAAUUUAAUACUUUAAUUUUUAUAAACACGUACUAAAAUCUUAAACAACAAAAUGACGAUUUCAAAUAUGCAACGAAUACGAAGUUUAUCAAACAUACUUAAGACAUCACGUAGAUUCCAAAUCGAAUUAAAUAAGAAUUAUGCUUCACACGUCAAAUAUGCAGAACACAAGCAGUUGGAAAAAAUUAGGAACAUUGGUAUAUCUGCUCAUAUAGAUUCAGGGAAAACGACACUCACAGAAAGAAUAUUGUUUUACACUGGCAGAAUUGACCAGAUGCAUGAGGUAAAAGGCAAAGACAAUGUGGGUGCUGUCAUGGACUCUAUGGAACUAGAAAGGCAACGAGGCAUAACAAUACAGUCUGCCGCAACAUACACUAUAUGGAAGGACCACAAUAUCAACAUCAUUGAUACACCAGGACAUGUAGACUUCACAGUGGAGGUAGAAAGGGCUUUGAGGGUUUUAGAUGGAGCUAUAUUGGUGCUAUGUGCGGUGGGUGGUGUUCAAAGUCAGACGUUGACAGUCAAUAGGCAGAUGAAGAGAUAUAAUGUACCUUGUCUGGGCUUUAUUAACAAGCUAGAUCGAUUGGGUGCUAACCCAGACAGAGUGUUAAAACAGUUGCGUUCAAAAAUGAAGCAUAAUGCUGCUUUUUUACACCUACCCAUUGGCUUGGAGAAAGAAUGCCAAGGGAUAUUGGAACUUAUCGAAGAGAGGGCCGUGUACUUUGAUGGUGAUUAUGGUGAAGUGAUGAGGUUUGAUGAAGUGCCACAAAACAGAAGAGCUGAGGUCAAAGAGAGGAGGCAUGAGCUUAUUGAACAGCUAUCCAACGUUGAUGAGUCCUUAGGUGAACUAUUCCUUGAGGAGAGAACACCUACAGUUGCAGAAAUAAAACAAGCUGUACGAAGAACAACCCUAAAACGUUCAUUCACGCCAGUUCUCUUGGGCACUGCACUAAAGAACAAAGGUGUUCAACCUUUAUUAGAUGCUGUAUUAGAUUACCUACCCCAUCCAGGCGAGGUAGAGAAUACCGCCAUUAUAGGGGAAAGAAAAGGUUCAGAGGGCGAAACGAUAGUUCUAGAUCCUUCUAGAGAUGACUCGAAGCCUUUUGUUGGGUUGGCUUUUAAGUUGGAGUUGAGUAAAUUUGGACAACUUACGUAUUUGAGGUGUUAUCAAGGCAUGUUGAAGAGAGGGGAAAAUAUAUUUAAUGCGAGAACUGGUAGAAAGGUGAAAAUCUCUCGUUUAGUGCGAAUGCACUCUAACAAUAUGGAGGAAGUGAAUGAAGUGUUAUCUGGUGAUAUAUUCGCGUUGUUCGGCGUAGAUUGCGCGUCCGGUGACACGUUUGUGAACGACGCUAAACUGCAGCUCUCUAUGGAGUCCAUCCAUGUACCGGACCCAGUGGUCUCUAUGUCGAUUAAGCCAAAGAACAAUAAGGAUAGAGAUAAUUUCUCGAAAGCUGUUGCAAGGUUUACCAAAGAAGACCCAACAUUCCACUUCCGUUAUGAUAGUGACAAUAAAGAGACAGUUGUCUCCGGUAUGGGGGAAUUGCAUUUGGAAAUCUAUGCGCAAAGGAUGGAGAGAGAAUAUAACUGUCCCGUUGAAUUAGGCAAGCCAAAGGUCGCUUUCAGGGAAACCAUGAUGUCACCAUGUUCGUUCGACUACCUUCACAAGAAGCAGUCGGGCGGCGCGGGCCAGUACGCUAGAGUCUCCGGUAUCAUGGAGCCACUGCCGCCGCACCAGAAUACGGUUCUACAGUUCGUGGACGAAACGAUAGGCACGAAUGUACCGAAGCAGUUCGUUCCGGGCGUGGAGCGAGGGUUUCUUGACACCUGCCAGAAGGGAUACCUGUCCGGACACAAAAUAUCCGGGGUCAAGUUCAGGUUGCAAGAUGGCGCUCACCAUAUUGUGGACUCUAGUGAAUUGGCUUUCUUCUUGGCUGCGAAGGGUGCUGUUAAAGAAGUUUUCGAUGAUGGCGCCUGGCAGAUCCUGGAGCCGAUAAUGUUCGUGGAAGUCACCAUCCCCGAGGAGUUCCACGGCACCGUGCUGGGCCAGCUCAACAAGCGCGGUGGUAUCGUGACCGGCACUGAGGGCUCGGAGGGCUGGACCACUCUGUAUGCGGAGGUGCCUCUGAACAACAUGUUCGGAUAUGCUGGAGAUUUGAGAUCUAUGACACAAGGAAAGGGUGAAUUCAGUAUGGAAUACAGUCGAUACACCCCCUGCCUCCCCGAUGUUCAGGAGCAGUUAAUACGAAAGUAUCAAGAGGAGUUGGGCCUACUGCCCGACCAAAAGAAAAAGAAAAACUAACCGCCUAGGAAAUUUAUAGAACAAUCUAGUGAUAUUUUAUUGUAAGUGAUAGUUACGUAUUUAAUUUAAAUAUUGAUAUAAAAUGAAUUUAAUAAUUUUAAA